AUGGCUGACAUUAGUAAAUCGCUUGAUGACAAUGUUGUCAUUUCACGUCGUACGUUGAACACAUUUGGUGGCGUGUUUUGCUCUGUAACGUUAUCCCAGUUCAGUAGUGUGAUAUUUCUACGUUUAGGGUUUAUUAUUGCUCAUGCUGGUUUGCUGGAAAGUAUAUUACAACUAUUUCUAUCCUAUUUCAUUCUGUUGCUGACUGUAUUUUCUAUAUGCGCAAUUAGUACAAAUGGGGCAGUUGAAGGAGGAGGUGUAUAUUUCAUGCUCAGUAGGACUUUAGGCCCUGAAUUCGGUGGAGCUAUUGGAUCGAUAUUUUUCCUCGCACAAGUUUGUAGUGCUGCUUUGUAUAUAGCGGGAUUAGUGGAAGCUGUGCUCAUAAAUUUCGGUCCUGGAGGUAUUUUAUUCGAUGGGGUACUACCUGGUGAAAAUCACUGGUGGAGUUACCUGUAUGCCAUAGUUAUUCUUGCACUUUGUACGUCUAUCUUAUUAAUUGGUAGUCAAAUGUUUGCUCGUGCUCUGUACUUCAUUCUUGCAGUUGUGGUUAUUGUUAUUAUCUGCGUAUUUGCUAGUUUCUUUCUACAACCAAAAUUAAUACCUUUGCCAAGAUCUAAUUCGCUUAUUUAUAAUUCAUCAACAUCAAAUAAUAUAACUAUAUUUGCCGAGUUUACUGGCUUAAAUGGGAAUACAUUCAAAGAAAAUAUUUAUCCUAUGUAUUCAAUUGAUUAUACCACUGGUUCAUUGACGUCUUUCGUCAUUGUUUUCUCCGUAUUAUUUUCUGGUGUAACUGGGAUAAUGAACGGUGCAAAUGUGUCUGGUGAAUUAAAGAAUCCUUCUCGUUCAAUCCCUUUGGGAACUCUAUCUGCUUUACUUUGUACAUUGUUAAUUUAUCUCGUUAUGAUGAUAUUCUCAGCUUCUUCUAACAGCCGAUAUCUGUUAUUAAAUAACAAUAUAUUUAUGCAAUCAAUUAGUUUUUGGCAACCAAUCGUUGUAAUAGGUGUUUUUGCCACUACAUUAUCAGCAGCUUUAGGCAAUCUUAUUGGAGCUUCACGUAUAUUGGAGGCGAUAGCUCGUGAUGAAUUAUUUGGUCGACUUCUCCAUCCAGCAAAAUGGACGACAAAACGUGGAAAUCCGAUAGUGGCAGUCCUUUCUGCUGGGUUUCUUUGUUUGUUAAUUUUACUGAUUGGUAGAUUAAAUGCUAUCGCUCCACUUGUAUCUGUUCUAUUUUUACUGGCUUAUGCUUCUGUGAAUUUGGCCUGUGCUGGUUUAGAUGCUGCCUCACCACCAAAUUUCAGACCAACAUUUCGUUAUUUUAACUGGAUCACUUCAAUUUUUGGAAUGAUUGGUUGUUUCAUUAUGUGUUUAUUAAUUCAACCAAUUUAUACGGUAGUCGCAAUAAUUGUUUUAGGUCUACUCGUAUUUUCAUUAUAUCAGCGGCAUUUAGAAUCGUCAUGGGGUAAUAUUGGACAAGCGCUUCUAUUUCAUCAAAUCCGUAAAUAUUUAUUAUUGUUGGAUUCCCGUAAAGAUCAUGUUAAAUACUGGAGACUCCAAUUACUGUUACUUGUUGCAAAUCCACGUUCGUCAGCCUCACUUGUUCAAUUUAUGAAUAGUUUGAAAAAAGGUGGUCUUUAUGUAGUUGGUCAUGCAAUUUGUGGUGAUCCAGAUGAGUUCGUCGACCAAUCGGAUCCAUGUCUAAAUCAGCGUUGGUAUUGGACACAAUAUGUGAAAUAUUUGAAAACUAAAGCAUUUGUAGAAAUAACAAUUGACCGAAGUGUACGCAGAGCGAUAUCACAUCUUAUUCGAAUUUCUGGUUUAGGUGCAAUGCGUCCAAAUACAGUGUGUUUGGGAUUUUAUGAUGAUAAGCCGUCAAUCGAUGUUUUAGCUAGGAUUUGGAAAGAACGUAAAGUAAAAAAAUUCAGUUCAUGGCCAAAUCAUAUUCAUUCAUAUAAUUCCACGGAAUUAAUCAUUAAUAAUAAUGAUGCCCAAACGACAAAUGCUUAUUUAAGCAGCAGUGAACUAUUAGCUAAUUUCGGUUCAGUUCCGAAUCAGGAUUCAAAUUCUAUUUUUGUCAAUCAGAAUAAUACAGAUAUUCAAUUUUAUGGUGACCAUCGUCCUGGUCGUCUUACCUCGCAGGAAUAUGUCAGCAUUAUUCGAGAAAUUCUCAAUAUGGAGACCAAUGUUGUACUUGCUCGAAAUUUCGACAGAGUAAUUUUUGAUGAAGGUAUGUCUGGUUGGGAUGCAACUCGACGCUAUUUCCGUAAUAUUUUUCAUACAAAUAACCGUUCACAACGGUUAAAUUCAAAUUAUAAUAAUGGUUAUAAUGCAGGUACAGUGAUGGAUGUUACUAAUUCAAUGUCUGAGAUUAAUCCAUAUAUAGUAGACACUUCAAAAGUUAUAUUCUUUGAUAUAUGGCCAAUUGAUCUUCUUGGAUUUUAUGGUGAGAAUUUAAAUCUACCAUCAUCUUCAUCACACGAAGAAAUUUACAAGCAAGUGAUUGAUCGUACUGGUCUAUUCCUCUUACAACUUGCCUGUUUAGUCGCUAGAUCACCCUAUUGGCGUAAACGUCGUCAUCCACCAAAACUACGUGCAUUUUUUCCACAGUUACGUACAAUGAAUCCACCUAAUGGAGAGGUUGUUACGGUAACUGACAAAGCACGUUCUCAAUUAUCAACUUUGUUGAAAAAUUUAAGAAUUCCUGCAGAAAUACAUCUGGUUGAUAUGGAUAGUUCAAUGAUGAAAGAAAAUUCAAUGUUGAAAAAUAUUGAUGGUAAUAUUAAUAAUAACAGAAGAAUAAUCUGUCUAAACCAAUUAAUUCUGUCUCAUUGUCAUCCGAAUACAACAGCUUUAUUUCUCUAUUUGCCUAAACCAAGUUCAGAUUUAUCAUUAGCUGAUAUUUAUUUGAAUCAAUUGAAUAUACUAACCGAUACGUUACCGCCAACAUUGUUAGCUCAUGGUUUACAUGAGGUCACUUCAGCUGAACUGUAAUGAUUUAUUUUUGAUUUUGUGUCUUAAUAAGAGUUUAAAAAUGAGUGAGCAACAACAUAUGUAUUACGUCUAUCUAGUUGUUUUUUUCUCUGAUUGAAUUCAAUAUUAAUUAUUUGUGUGUCUGCGCAUACAUGUAUGUCCCUUUUGGAUUAAUACGGUGUUUUUUGCCAAGUGUCCAUGCCUUAUUUACUAUUUCGUUAACGCA